UCUCCCUCCUCAUUGCGUUCGCUCUCAUCGCUGUCUCUCUCUGUGGCGCCUCUCUGUGUGGCGUAGAUCGUAAGCCAAGUAAAAUCAGCAGAGAGAAAGAGCCGUAAUCCGGUGCGGCCGUGAUGGAUCCAGACGCGGUGGCCAAGGCGUUCGUGGAGCACUACUACACGACGUUCGAUGCGAACAGGGCGGGACUGGCGAACCUGUAUCAGGAGUCGUCGAUGCUGACCUUCGAAGGUCAGAAGAUCCAAGGCUCUCAGAACAUCGUUGCUAAGCUCACUAGUCUCCCUUUCCAGCAGUGUCAGCACAGCAUCACCACCGUCGAUUGCCAGCCCUCUGGCCCCGCCGGCGGCAUGCUCGUCUUCGUCUCCGGGAACCUCCAACUCGCCGGCGAACCGCAUGCCCUCAAAUUCAGCCAGAUGUUCCAUUUGAUGCCAACACCACAGAACAGCUUUUAUGUGUUCAACGACAUUUUCCGGCUGAACUAUGCUUGAACAAGAUGGACUGCCCCAUUGCAAAAGGGGUGGGGUAUACUUGUCGCUUGAAUGCCCUGAAACAAACUAUGUUGAUCUAUUUAGUUUCAGACUAUUAAAGUGUGGAUGGUGUUUUUGUAUCAUGAAUUUGAUUCUUCGCGUCACAGUGAAGAUGAUGGGGUUAGUGAUUGUGUUAAUUGUCAUUAUGAACACGCCUCUAUCACGUGCUAUAUGUCAGUGGUAUAGUAUUUGGCAAUGAUUUGUUUUUUUGGCAACAUUUUGUGUUUUUCGGUAGCACAUUUUGGGUUGCAUUUGGGGGAAAAGUUUUUGGUGAACUGAGUUCGUGCAGCACCGAGGUACAAAAGCAGCCACCACGGUCCACGGGUUAAAAAAGAUGAUUUAUUUCCUUAGAAGCUUAAUUAUCUUUUUUAAAAUCGGAAAUGGUAUGUCCACAUCUAGUCUUUUCAGCAUACCCAAGAACUCU